AUGUCCGCUCCCAAAGAAGAGUAUAAGCCUAGUGACGUCCGUGUGAAGGACGUGAGUUGGACGGAGAGAAGGAAGGCGAUAAGCGAUAGCAUGCCGCCUGGUGUGGAGGAAAUGGUCAUGGUUGGUCAUGAUGGUCGAGUGACGGAAGGCCUCAGUUCCAAUGUGGCGCUUGUUGUGGAUGGAAAGGUCUAUACUGCUGGAGCGGAUAAGGUUUUGAGUGGAACCAUCAGGGAAAUUCUACUGGAGGUCUGCCGUGAACAUGAUAUUGAAGUUGUUUAUGAAAGUGUGCCGGUGGAGACGGCUCGCAGAGCUGAUGUGGAGCUGUUGAUAAUGAGCACUAGUCGGCUGGUGCUCUCUGUGGAGAAGCUCAUCAUUCCUGGGGAAUUCGUCGAGAGCGACGAUGUUGUUGUUGUUGAGCAUCCACUGGACUCGUCGUUGGUGAGCUCGCUGAAGGCGUGGGUGAAAGGGAAGGUAGAGGUGGAUUCAUUCCCUUUGGACGAUUAUGAGGAAAUUUGA